GCCCCUUAUAAGAGGCGCGGGGAAGCGGGACUUGUCUCCCGGUUGCGCCCCGCGCCGCCACCGACGAUUCGCGGCGCGCCCUCCAUUCACUUUGCGCGGUGCACGCCACCCACGGGCCGCGUUCGCCUUGGUUUUGCCACCAAGCGUUCGCGUAAAAUAAUAUAAAAUAGAUUUUAAAUUCGACAGUCGCUGUGAAAUGUCGUCGUCCAAGACGGGCGGGGUGACGCCGCCGCAGCUGAGGGCCCUGGUGGAGCUCGACCCGCUGCUGCAGCCCUACGAGGCCGACUUCAAGCGAAGGUAUGGGCGCAUGCAGGAGCUCCUGGGGAAGAUGGAGCAGCACGAGGGGGGUUUGGAUGCGUUCACGCGCGGCUACGCCACGAUGGGCAUCGUGAAGGGCCCUGACGGGACGCUGUGCUGCAGGGAGUGGGCCCCUGGGGCCCAGGCCCUGCACCUCACGGGGGACUUCAACGGAUGGGACCACUUCUCGCACGCCUUCUCGCGCCUCGAGUUCGGGAAGUGGGAACUCCUCCUGCCCCGCAGGCCUGACGGCUCCCCCGCCAUCCCGCACGGCUCCAAGCUCAAGGUGGUGGUGGUGACGAGCGAUGGCCGCACGCUGUUCCGCAUCUCUCCGUGGGCACACUACGUCACCAAGGAGGGUGCAGCUGUCACCUACGAGUGGGUGCACUGGGACCCACCGAACCCCUACCAGCGCGUGCACCCUGUGCCCGCGUGCCCACGCAGUCUGCGCAUCUACGAGGCCCACGUGGGCAUCUCCUCGCACGAGGGCCGCGUCGCCACCUACGAGCACUUCACGCGCAACAUGCUGCCCCGCAUCAAGAGGCUCGGGUACAACUGCAUCCAGCUGAUGGCCGUCAUGGAGCACGCGUACUACGCCAGCUUCGGAUACCAAGUCACCAGCUUCUUCGCAGCCUCCAGUCGCUACGGCACCCCGGAGGACCUGAAGGCGCUGCUGGACGCGGCCCACGCGCUGGGGCUGCGCGUGCUGCUGGACGUGGUGCACAGCCACGCGUCGCGCAACACCGAGGACGGCCUCAACGAGUACGACGGCACCGACGGCGCCUUCUUCCACGCGGGGCCACGCGGGGCCCACCCACUCUGGGACAGCCGCCUCUUUGACUACCGCAGCUGGGAGGUUCUGCGUUUUCUGCUCUCAAACCUGCGCUGGUGGAUGGAGGAGUACGGAUUCGAUGGCUUCCGCUUUGACGGCAUCACGUCGAUGAUUUACCACCACCACGGUGUAGGAGAGGAGUUCUCUGGGAACUACGAGGAGUACUUUGGGCUGCAGGUGGACGAGGACUCCCUCGUCUACCUCAUGCUGGCCAAUCACAUGCUGCACUCCUUCUACCCACAAUGCACAACGGUCGCAGAGGAGGUGUCAGGGAUGCCGGCGAUGUGCCGCCCGGUGGAGGAGGGGGGCGCCGGCUUCGACUACCGCCUGGCAAUGGCCAUCCCGGACAAGUGGAUCCAGAUAAUCAAGGAGCGCAAGGAUGAGGACUGGAACAUCGGGGACAUCGUCCACACGCUCAUCAACCGGCGGCACGGGGAGAAGUGCAUCGCCUACGCGGAGAGCCACGACCAGGCGCUGGUGGGGGACAAGACGCUGGCGUUCUGGCUGAUGGACGAGGCGAUGUACUUCGACAUGUCCAUCCUGUGUCCGCCCAGCGUCGUCGUGGACCGGGGCAUCCAGCUGCACAAGCUGAUCCGCCUGCUGACGCACGCGCUGGGCGGCGAGGCCUACCUCAACUUCAUCGGCAACGAGUUCGGGCACCCCGAGUGGCUGGACUUUCCCCGGGUGGGGAACGGCGAGAGUUUCCACUACGCGCGGCGGCAGUUCCACCUGGCGGACGACCCGACGCUGCGCUACCAGCACCUGCAGGCGUUCGACGCCAGCAUGAACCACGCGGAGGAGAAGUUCGGCUGGCUCGCGGCGCAGCAGGCGUUUGUGAGCUGCAAGCACCAGGGCGACAUGGUGGUGUCGUUUGAGAGAGCCAACCUGCAGUUCGUGUUCAACCUGCACCCCGCCAACAGCUACACCGACUACCGCAUCGGCGUGCGCACGGCCGGGAGGUACCACAUAGUCCUGGACUCGGACACGCGGGAGCACGGCGGGCACGAGCGGCUGCAGCACGACGUCGAGUUCUUCUCCAGCCCCGUGCCCAUCGGGGGCCUCCAGCACUCCAUCCUGCUGUACAUCCCCUCGCGCGUCGCGGUGGUCCUGGCCAACAGGGAGCUGGACAACUAAGACCAUUCACGACUCUGCAUCGUGAACCAAUCAGAUCGGCGUUACUACCGAUCAUAACAUCAACCCGUUCCUGCAACCUAUCGCCAGCUACGCGCGCCUGACCGGGGUGCCACCCUCUCUACCUCUCACUCACGCGCGCUGGCACGCUCUGUCACGCUGUGUCACACUGUGUCAUAUGCUGUCACGCUGUGUCUCACGCUCUGUCACGCUGUGUCACACUUGCACGCUGCUGCGUGCUUGUCAUGCUGUGUCACGCUGUGUCACAUGCUGUCACGCUGUGUCUCACGCUGUGUCACGCUCUGUCACGCUGUGUCACGUGCUGUCACGCUGUGU